UGGCUGGCAUCGGGCAUCUCCACUCCCACUCCACCGGCCCCACCUCCGCGAGGGGCGACCCGAGAACACCACCACGCCCGCCAUGUGGCGCCGCCUCCAAACCCUAGCCCCCUCGCUCCGCCGCGCCGCCGCAUCGUCGUCCCCGGCCUCCGCCCGCGCCGUGCCCUUGUCCACGGUGCCGGUGGCCGCGUUCCGGCGCACUUCGACCCUCCUCUCCUCUCCCGGCGACAAGCCGGCGCCCAGCAAGGUCGAGGAUGUCAUGCCGAUCGCCACGGGGCUGGAGCGCGAGGAGCUCGAGGCGGAGCUCCAGGGGAAGAAGCGGUUUGACAUGGAUCCUGCCGUCGGCCCCUUCGGUACUAAGGUUGGUUUCUCGAGAAGCAAUGAUUGCAUUUUGUGGGACGGAGAGAGUAGUUUCUUCCUCAAGCUGAGUCCUGUUAGGACUGUGAAGUUAGCCGUGAUUGAAUCCUACUAUAACAAGAGAAUAGUUGGCUGCCCUGGUGCCGAAGGAGAGGAUGAACACGAUGUCGUCUGGUUUUGGUUGGAAAAGGAUAAACCGCAUGAGUGCCUAGUCUGCUCACGGUACUUUGUGCUCAAGGUCAUUGGUGAUGGGGGUGAUCCAGAUGGCCACGAUGACGAGGAUGAUCAUCACUGAGGCCUUGUGUCGAUAAUGAUAAUAAGAACUUUGUGAAACAUGGUUUUGUCCUAUCUUUGCAGCAUCAGACUGCCCUAUAGAGUAUUGUAAUUGAUAAGUGUUUGACCAUGAACCAGGUCGGGUGGUGUUUUACACCUACGAAUUUUGUUCAGAUCUUUUCGACCAUACGGUUGCUUCUGUUUGGAAUAUAGAUUUUUUUUU